AUGGCGGUGGUAUUUUCUGAAGAACAAAAUAAAAGUCAAUACUACAGUUUAUACCACUCACAAGGAUACCUUUCCCAAAUACCAAUAAACAUUUGUGAUUUUCCAAAUAUAGUUCGCAUUGAUUUGCAAUCAAAUCAACUGACUGAAGUUGGAAAUUUAUCAUGCCUCUCCAUGUUAGAUACUCUGGACUUAAGUUAUAACAAAAUUCACUUUAUUGGAAAUUAUACCUUCCUAAGUCUUACAAAUUUACGCGAGCUGAGGGUAACACAUAAUGGAUUAAAGGUUCUAGCUCCUGCAACAAUUACUGCAAGUUCACUUCAAAUAUUUAGGGCGGAUUUUUCUCAUAAUGAAAUGAAAUCAAUUGAAUUUAGCAACAUGAUUUCUGAAUCAGAUUUCUGUGAGAUAACUUUUGCAUCAAACGAUAUUUCAAAAAUUGUUAAUACAAAUAACUUUAAAAUAGAUCCUGAAAAAGAUUACCGUGGUGGAAUAGUUGAAUUAGUCGGUAACAGCUUUACAACGUUUAUUGAUUUUGAAAAACUAGGCAUAACUGACAUUGCUAUUCUUGGUAAGGUAAUAUCUUAUGGAUUUGUUAUGCCGGAUGUGAAAUGGACCUGCGAUUGUCGUAUGGAACCUUACCUUGAACUCGCAGAAGAUGUCAUAAAAAGGAUUUGGAGAGAUUAUUUUAACAUAUCAUGCUGGAAUCCUCCAGAAUAUAGAGGCAAAACUAUUCCAGAUAUAGUGAAGGAAGGUCGUCUUGAUAUCUUUAUAUGCAAUUUAACCGAAAAAUGUCCACGAAAUUGUACGUGUUUUUACCAACCUAAAGAAAGGCGAACUGUUGUUGAUUGCAGCGAUGCAGGUCUAAAAAAAAUGCCUUGUGAAGUACCACAGUGGAACAGAUUUAGCAAUAACUUGACAUUGAUUUUCAAAAAUAAUAACAUCACUCAUUUUGAUAAUAAGAGUUAUCUAAAAGAUGCAACCGUGCUUGAUAUGUCUGGCAAUAAGGUGGCAACUUUUUCCCCCGAAGCGAUAGAGAUGUUACCAGAAGAUAUAGUUCUUAAUUUUGCUGAUAAUAAUUUCAAAAAAGUUCCACGCGCAUUUCAGACUCUAAAUCCAUGCAAAUCAAAAUUUGGAGAUGUAGCAAUAGAUUGCAAUUGUGAUACGGAGUGGAUAAAACACUGGGCUGACAACAGAGGUUUAAAGCAAUGCAGUAAUAUGAGUUCCUAUGUUUGUGAGACAGAUCAUGGUCUUAUCCCAGUUGAUGAAAUAUCAACCGAUGAUAUUUGUAAACAAGAAAAGUUUAUGAUUACUAGUAUCAUAUCUAUUAUCUUAAGCCUUCUGUCUACUCUCAUUGUGAUUAUUUUUGGUGUGGUGUACCUGUUCAGGUAUGAAGUUUAUUUGUUGCAGAGGAAAUACUUUCUCCGAAACUCAGCUUCCAAAGUUGGAUGUUUUCUAAAAUACGAUGCAUUCGUUUCUUUCAAUGAUGAAAAUGAUGAGUUACGUAUGUGGGUUUUAAAUGUCUUAGUUAGACAUCUUGAGGCAUCUGGCUAUCGACUGUUUGUUCCUUGUCGUGAUUUACCGCCAGGGUCUGUCAAGGAAGAAGAAAUUUUAGAACAAAUCAUCAACAGCAGAAAAUAUUUGAUAAUACUGAGUGAUUAUUACUUACACCAAGAUACACCCUGGACACAAAUUGAAUGGAAGUAUAUUUGGUGUCACUUUAGACAAUAUGUGGAAAGAAAUAUAAUAGUAAUAAACUUCGACCAUCUUGGAACAUCUGAGCAGGCGGACCCAAAACUGAGAGCAUUUGUACGUCUUGGGUAUGACAUUGAUUUUUCUAACCGGAAACAUGAUUUAAUUUUCACAGUGAAACUUCGACUAGGAACUCCACUUAAAAGUUUAUUUUUUCAUGGAAACAAAAAAACUAAAUUCAUGGGACACAAUCUGAUUAACAAUAAAGGGUUGUUUGAUCCUUUCACUGUUGUCGAAAGCUCUAAAAUUAAACUUGAAGUAUAAAAUAAUUUUUGAACAAUGUUUAAGUAUAUUUUUUGUAUUUUCUUCAUACAUAUAUAUAUCAUGCUAAAUAUCCAAGAUUUAUUUAGAUAUCAAUGUUAGUAUUAUUUGCAGUGUUGUAAUUUAUUAUUAUAAUAGAAAGUACAGGAAGGCAUUAUACAGAAGCCACUUCAAGUUUUAAGAUACUGGUAUGUUAUAAUAACUUAAUUCUCAUGAACAUAGAUUAAAUAGCAGAUUUAGCUGUACUCUUUUUCAAUGAUUUCCUCUAUCCAUGCUAAAGACCGUACGGUAACUUCUAUGUCAUUUUGGUCUCUAAUUUUUAUAUUAUAAAUGACCUUCUCUCAA